GGGACUCAGGCGUCCCCGCCCCCCCCAGCCCUCCCUCCCCUCCCCUCCAAGCAUGGUGCCCGCGGCCCCAGUGCUCUUCUGCCUCCUGCUCCUCGCCCUGGAGCUGCGGCCCCGGGGGGAGGCGGCCGAGGGCCCGGCGGCCGGCGGGGAGCGCGGGACCCAGGCGUCCGAGGAGCCGGAGGGCUGCCCGGUGUGCGUGUGGCGCCAGCACAGCAAGGAGCUGAGGCUGGAGAGCAUCAAGUCGCAGAUCCUGAGCAAACUGAGGCUGAAGGAAGCGCCCAACAUCAGCCGCGAGGUGGUGAAGCAGCUCCUGCCCAAGGCGCCCCCCCUGCAGGAGAUCCUGGACCUACACGACUUCCAAGGCGACGCGCUGCAGCCCGAGGACUUCCUGGAGGAGGACGAGUACCACGCCACCACCGAGACCGUCAUCAGCAUGGCCCAGGAAACGGACCCUGCCGUGCAGACAGAUGGCAGCCCCCAUUGUUGCCACUUCCACUUCAGCCCCAAAGUGAUGUUCACAAAGGUGCUGAAGGCCCAGCUGUGGGUGUACUUGAGGCCAGUACCCCGCCCUGCCACUGUAUACCUGCAAAUCCUUCGCCUCAAGCCCCUUAGUGGGGAAGGAACUGCAGGAAGUGGGGGUGGGGGGCGGCGCCACAUCCGGAUCCGAUCCCUCAAGAUCGAGUUGCACUCAAGAUCAGGCCACUGGCAGAGCAUCGACUUCAAGCAGGUGCUACACAGUUGGUUUCGCCAGCCACAAAGUAACUGGGGCAUUGAGAUCAACGCUUUCGAUCCCAGUGGCACUGACCUGGCUGUUACCUCCCUGGGGCCAGGGGCUGAAGGGCUGCACCCAUUUAUGGAGCUUCAUGUGCUGGAAAACACAAAACGGUCCAGGAGGAAUCUGGGCCUCGACUGUGAUGAGCAUUCGAGUGAGUCCCGGUGCUGCCGAUACCCACUCACCGUGGACUUUGAGGCCUUCGGCUGGGACUGGAUCAUCGCACCCAAACGCUACAAGGCCAACUACUGUUCUGGCCAAUGCGAGUAUAUGUUCAUGCAGAAGUAUCCACAUACCCACCUGGUACAGCAGGCUAAUCCCCGAGGUUCAGCUGGGCCUUGUUGUACUCCCACCAAGAUGUCCCCCAUCAACAUGCUCUAUUUUAAUGAUAAGCAGCAGAUUAUCUACGGCAAGAUCCCCGGCAUGGUGGUGGAUCGCUGUGGCUGCUCUUAAGGAUUCUUAGGGCCCUCUUUAGUCCUGUAGAUGACCAAGGGCCUUGCUGGGGACAAGACCUGGGCCAAAGUCAAAGGCACCAGAUUUACUUUUGUUGGGAAGCUUAUUCUGAAGGCCCAAGUUCUAGCCUGCCCUGGGAAGGGUGCAGGAGCCUGGCUAGCCAAAGGAACUUGAUUAUCUUUCCUUGGGGAAGGGACUAUGGGAGCCUUGGUAACCUUUUCCCCAUUCCCUGGAGGAGAAAAAGGACUUUUGGGGGAAGAGGUGAUGUUUCCUUUUCACCCUACUCCAAAUCUUGCAAGUUCUCCAGUCUUUCCUCUCCGGUCCUGUUCCCAAUCCAAGAAAAACUACGCAUCACCAUCAUGGUGGGAAGGGAGGGGAGAACCAGAGAGGCUCAAGAUCAGAAGAUGACUCCUCCAAAAUUAAACACUUGAUCUCAGGCCAAGGGGCCAGGCAAGGAGCAGGGGCAUCAUUUGACCUCCCAAUACAGGUUCUAAGGGAAACUAGAGCCUUGAACUUGGGGGGGGAUACUUAGAAGACACCCCCAUUCCUACCAAAUAAAGACCAUGGGGGGAAUCUAAGGCUCUUUUUCUUUUGGACAUGAACUUAUUUGAGUCUCAAUUUCCUGUCCCCCAAAGAGGUUAUUAAAGACAGGGCUCAGACACAGGAGCUAGGGAAUGUUCCCCUGCUUCAAGUAUGUGGAUCAAACUAGUGCCCCCUUUGAACAUAUUAUAAUUUACUUUUGUGUAUAUGUCACACUGUGUAUGUGAACAACUUUGUUUCUGUAUUGGUCAUCUGAGAAGGUUGGGAAUAAUGAGGGAGAAGGGAUAUCAGGGGGUACAAGGAGGCCUUAAGAGAAUUACAGAGGAGUUCUUUACAAGACAGUCUCCCAAAAGAUGCACGGAAAUGAAGACAUGGGGCAGUUUCUGAAUUAAGUGACAUAGGACAGAGAUAGCCAUUGGCCCUUUUUGGGUUUUUUUAAAUGUUUGUUUUUUUUUUUUUUUUGGGGGGGGGGAGUUUGGGGAUGGUCACAUGACCCAGAAUCUAGCACUUGAACCUGAAAGAAAAAUAAUAAAGUCAAAGAGUUUA